ACCCUAAAAACCCAAAUCAAAAAGCUUCGUUGUGGAGGUAAGUAGGAGGAAGACGAUGGCGUUAGAGAAGCACAUAGAGAAGGUACUCUUCAGCGAUGAAGUAAUUGCGCACCGGGUGAAUCAGCUUGGAAUCGAUAUUACUUCUGAUUUCUCCGGUGACUCGGAGGAAACUCCUAUUUUUGUCGGCGUAGCCACUGGUGCUUGCCUCUUCUUGGCCGAUCUCGUUAGGCGAAUUGACUUGCCAAUAGCUAUAGAUUUCAUUAGAGCUGAGUCUUACGGCUCUGGUACUGUAUCCAGUGGAGUUCCCAGAGUAUCAUUUGACUUAAAGCUUGACAUCACGAACAAGCACGUUGUCUUGGUCGAGGACAUUGUGGAUACUGGCAAUACACUUAGCUGCCUGAUUGAGCACAUGAAAGCAAAAAAGGCGUCAUCUGUUUCGGUUUGCACUCUCCUCGACAAGCCAUCGAGAAGAAAGGUUCAUUAUAAGCUGGUUGGAAAGGGGAAAUUCUACAGUGGUUUUGAACUAAACCAUGGUAAACAAAAGUAUUUGUUGUGUCCAGAUGAAUUUGUCGUGGGCUAUGGCAUGGAUUUUGCAGAACAAUACCGCAACCUAUCUUACAUUGGCGUAUUGAAGCCUGAAUAUUACAUGUGACAAUAUUGCAUGAACUGGGCAAUCAUGACAUCUUUUGAUGACUUGCACCUCUGUUAGGUGUUCAAAGCAGUAGCACCAAUGUUAUACUACAAUUUGACAGUGAUUCUGAUGUAAAAGCUAAUGCAAAUUGGUGUAUGAUAUGUUAUAUUAUGAAUGUCUUGAGCAAGAGCCUUCAUACA